AUGACUGACGGCGUCGGAAUGCUGCUCAGGGAAUUCACGACCAAACCCAAUCUGGCUGGUUAUAGUGCCAUGAUUAUUGAUGAAGCUCAUGAGCGUACACUGAGUACAGAUAUCUUAUUAGGCCUUGUCAAGGACAUUGCUCGUUUUAGACCCGACUUCCAGCUUCUGAUCUGCAGUGUGACAAUGAAUGCCGUGAAGUUCUCAGAAUAUUUUUAUGAUGCUCCAAUCUUCAAUAUUCUGGGAAAAAUGUAUCCAGUAGAUAUCAUGUACACUCCCAACCCAGAGGCAAACUACCUCUAUGCAGCAGUGGCCAUAAUCUUCCAAAUCCAUACCACCAAACCAAAGGCUGACAUCCUGGUAUUUUUUACUGGCCAAGAUGAGAUCAGAGCCUCCCAAGAAAACUUAGAGGAAACCGCAAGAGCCUUAGGCAAUAAAAUUGGGGAAUUGAUGAUAUGUCCGAUCUAUGCCAAUCUACCCACCAAUAUGCAGGCUAAGAUCUUUGAGCCAACGCCUGAUAGAGCUCAAAAAUUUCUUCUGGCUACAAAUAUUUCCAAAACUUUGAUCACUAUCAAUGGCGUGGUUUAUGUCAUUGACCCCGGUUUUGUGAAACAGAACUCUUAUAACCCUUGUACCGGUAUGGAAUCUUUGGUUUUCUUCCUGUUUUGUUUGCCUGCGGCCGCCAAUCAACGUGCCGGUCGAGCGGGGCGAGUGGCCCCAGGGAAAUGUUUCAGACUAUAUACAAAGUCAGCUUACAUGAAAGAGAUAGACAAAGACACUGUUGUGGAGAUCCAACAAACAAACCUGGCCAAUGUGGUGUUACUGUUAAAAUCAUUAGGGAUCAACAAUCUGAUUGGCUUUGAUUUCUUGGACCCACCUCCUGGCAUGACCGCAUAUAUUGGGCGUGCAGGUAGGCACGCCAACCUGAAGGGUAUACCCCCUGCAGGCGAGUGGCGUGCCUGCCUGCACUGUUGGAUUGAUCAAUCCUCAGUUGAGGAACAAAUCAAGCGGAUUGAUGAGGUACAAUCAGAACUCAAGUUAUGUCUGGAAGCGGCUCAGGAAUCAAUGAAGGCCCAAUUCAACAAAGGCGUGAAAGACACCCCAAAUUGGAAUGUUGGCGAGGAGGUUUGGCUCAACAGCAAGAAUAUCUCAACAACAAGACCCAGCCCCAAGUUGGACCACCAAUGGCUAGGACCACUUCAAAUUUCCAAAAAGAUAUCCAACUCUGUCUACAAACUGACACUGCCAUUAUCCAUGCAGGGUGUUCACCCAGUGUUCCAUGUUUCAGUACUGCAAAAACACAACUCAGACACCAUCACUGGGAGAUGCCAUCCAUCACCAGAACCGGUACAGGUCAACAACGAGGAGGAGUGGGAAGUGGAAGGCGUGCUGGACUGUUGA